GUAAAUUUAUUAGUUACCGGGAUUCUAUAACGAAAACAUUGAAAGGAUAUGGUCUGGAUAAGCAAAAUUGGAUGAUAAAUUCUGUGAACCGCCUCCAAAAUGGCAACGAUGAAUUAAACCCAAUAAACUAAACUGUACCGUUUGGCGUUUGCUGCCUGAGAAGAAGAAAACCCAGAACAGCAGAAGAGGUUAGAGACCCAAAAAUGGAGUUGGGUAUGUCUUUAAACCCUCUAAUUAGACUUCCCAUGAACUUAAAUUCAAGAACAAAGGGUAAAAAUGAGUUGUUCGCUCGUCAAUUUCAACGUUCCGCUCAUCCUCUUUUGCCCAAGAUUGAAGACAAUGGCAACCCUUUCUUAGUCAGUAUCAUUCGUAUGGCCAAUCUACCAACUCGAGAUCAGCUCAAACUGGUUGUUGUUAAGGUUAAGGAUAUCUUUGGAGAGGCAAAGGAAUCCGUUGGUAAGCUGAUAGCAUUAGACACUGCCUCAUCCAAGGAGGUAGAAGGACCUUCUGUGGAAAAAUCCAAGAACAUGCAGAAGGCCAAACGGGAAGGUAUCAUUAUCAGCAAAAGAGUGGGAGUUAUAGUGGGUAUGAGCACAUUAAGUUUAAUAACAGAAGCCGUUAUGAAUCGUAAAGCUGCCAACAGUUUUGAGUUUCGGAUGACAGUCCCUGACCAAACAGCGGAAGAAGCUCAGAGUAUGAUCAGAGAUCACGCUCAAGCAUUGUUGGACGUGAAGUCUCUAUUAGAGUCUGAAUCUUGGAGAGAAGCACAACGAGAAUUACGACAGAAUUCAGCGUACUUAAAACAAGAUAUUUACACGAUCAUCCAAAGCAAAGAAGGUAGCGUCAGACCUUUGCUAAGGAAGCUCUAUGCUAAUUUAUUCAAUAAUGUAACCAAGCUGGAUUAUGCUGCGCGAGAUAAGGAUGUUGAACGAGUCGAGGAGUUUUACAACAGCGUUGCAACGGUGCUCAACGACAUUUUAUCUAGAAUCUGAAUAUUUUAGUUCCAUUGGAUCCCUUUUCUUGACUACUAUAACAUGAGAUAUGCAUAGAAAUGUGGAAAUCCCGUUGAUGUGGGAAGUUAUGAUGCUCUCAAAAAAGCGUCUUCAUGUUUACGUUCUGAUUGGAACUUAAAAUGAGCUUUUUAUUUCUACCCUUUGUAAUCUCUCCAUUAUUGAUAAAUUUGUUAUUGGGUUUGUACACUACAAGAUCCAUAUAAGAGGAGAGUUGAUUGCGCACAGACUCGAUGAGGUUUCAUUAUAAAACCAAUUGGAAUUAGGAGGACUACCCAUCAAAUAUAUAUGUUAGUCAAACUCUCUUUAAUUAUUCAAUGUGAGACAUGCGGAUUAUCUUCCAAUACUCCCCUCACAUGUGAACUCAUUUUUAAUUCGACAGGAACGUAAUUCUUUUAAAACCCGCAAUUUUUUUUAAUAGAAAACUGAUGUUUUUAUUGUUUUCAGUUGAUUGGAAACUGUCAACUUUGAUACCAUGAAAAAUUUGUUAUUGGAGUUGUACACAUCAAUACUCACAAAAGAGGAGUAUUGAUUGCACACAUACCCAAUGAGGUUCAAUCCUAAAAUCAAUUAGUAUUAGAAGCAGAAUAUUAGUUAAACUCUCUCUAAUUAGACAGUAAAAAUUUAAGGACCAUUAAUUGACAACUCUGACUUGGUUACCCUAAUGGUUGUAGUUUCGAACGAAUCCCAGCAUCUGAGCCAAGCUGACUUGG